AUGACUCUGGCAGCAUACAGAGAGAAGAUGCGAGAGCUCCCCCUGGUGUCUCUCUUCUGCUCCUGCAUCCUUCCUGCACCCAGAGACACCACGGCUGAAGAGAAAGAGGCAGGCGUGGUGGACUUGAACCUGUGCAACAUCCGGGACAUGGAGGUGAUCGAGCUGAACAAGCGAGCGAGCGGCCAGGCCUUCGAGGUCAUCCUGAAGCCGCCCACCUUCGACGGCGGCCCCGAGCUGAGGGCGACCACGCCGCCUCGCCAGAAACCCUCACUGGAGGAGAUCCAGAAGAAACUGGACGCCGCCCAAGAGAGGAGGAAGUGUCAGGAGGCGGAGCUGCUGAAGCACCUGGCCGAGAGGAGGGAGCACGAGCGUGAAGUGGCUCAGAAAGCUCUGACCAAAGAACGCCAGGAGCACCGAGCCGAUGCCGACAAGGAGCAGCGGCAGAUGCACCUGAACGCCUCGCAGGAGCGGCUGCAGGAGGAGGACAAGCACAGCGUGGAGGUGUCUUGAUGGCCUGAUCACAACACAAGCUGAACUUUAUUUGGAAGCCAUUUUGGAGGGCUGAUGAGCUGAGGAUUGAUGCGCCGACAACCUGGUGCUGCUCCUACUGGAGGACUGAGAGAGAGAGACUCUGAAAAGAGUGAGAGAAGAAGAAAAAGAGGAAGGAGGAGGAGGACUGAUCUGUUCGAGCUCCUCUCUACAACCAGGCCUCUUCUUAAUGAGAUAAAACUUGUGAAACUGAAGGACGCUGCAGAUUCAGUCAUCAAUAGAUGGUUCACAGGGGUUGUACUGUGCUUUGUUGCCAUGCCAACAGUGCCAAUGUGUUCAUGUGUGUGAUUGUGUGCGCAUCAAGGAUUCAACUACUUCACGACGUCUUAUCAGAGCUGUACCCAACUCAAACCCAAAGGAAAUGAAACAACUUCCUCUUCUGAAUCUUACAAAUGAUCCCUCGACUUCCUCGACACGCCAGGAGAGCUGAACAUGAAGGAAUCUCUGCUCUGUGAUAGUUAGACAGCUCCAUCUGCUGGACAGUUUAUAUCAUUACAUUUACUGCACAACAGCACAGCAGCAGGGAAGGUUUGAUCAGUAAAAAAUGGCUCUUUAGUCACAUCUAGUGGCAGCUGAGGGAAAGUACAGCGAACUUAGUUCUGAGUCAAGGCCGAGUCCUAAUGCAUGUUGAGACCAAGUCGAGAUCCAGACCAGGAAAGGCAAAAAAAAGUCAACUGGACUUUGUCAAGACCAAAGAUGGUUAUAGGCUGGUUCAGUGAGACUGAGUCCAAAUCAAAUACCAAUGAGACAAAGAGACACAGGACUGACACACCCACGAGACCCAGGUCCGGUUUAAACCACCAACCAAACCAAGAGGGGUUCAGGUCAAAGCACUCACUGAGGGAAGCCUGAGUUAGAGCAGACUAGUCCAAACGAAACAAGUGCGAGUUAAAGUCCGAGUUUAAACACUCACAAAGCAGUUUGAGUCAAAACACUCACGAGGCAAAGAAGAGUCCGAGUCAACACACACGGCGGACUGGAACAAGGAACAAGUCCUUCAAGUCCUGCAGCCUGCAGAAUUUAUUUUUCAGACUCAUAUUUCUGAAGAUCAAUACAGAGCAUGUUAGCAUUUAUGCAGCCGUCUGAAGCUGCUUUCUGUAUUUCCUUCCUGUGUAAACUGGAUGAGGCCCGACGACAGUCCAUCUGUGUUACAUCAACAACAAACAGCCGGGUUAGCGGUGGGGCUAACGUUAGCCACAUCACAGGAUACUGACCUGUAGAACAAUCCGUGAACCAACCGCCUGCUGAUAGAACGACUGAGUCUCACCGAAGAAGAACUGAUAAUCGAUCGUGUACGUUGUUUACAGCUACUGUGGUGUGUUUGUGUGUGCCAGUCUGUUUCCCUGGCAACGUCAUUGUACAGG